AUGCUGUCAUUAAGUAUGGUCUUCAGCCUGUUCCUUCUGUGUUAUCUGACGGUACAGUUUGUCAAGCUGCAAAGAGAGAAAAGAAAACUCCCGCCCGGACCAGCUCCGAUCCCAAUUAUUGGAUGUUUGUGGAACCUGAAAUUCUUUCGGUUAGAGCGCGAUAUCGUGACAGAGGUAGCUAAGUCCUACGGGAACAUUUACACUUUGUGGUUUGGUCGGACCCCGGUGGUUUUAUUAAAUGGGUUCCAAGCGGUGAAGGAUGGUCUCACCACGCACCCAGAAGACGUUGCGGGCCGCCCACUGGCCCCUUUCUUCCUAGCUAUGGCCCAUAACAAGGGUAUUUUGCUGGCAACCGGCAGCACAUGGAGGCAUCAGAGACGAUUUUCCCUGAUGACUCUGAAAAGUCUAGGCUUGGGGAAGACCAGCCUUGAGUACCAGAUCCAAGAGGAAGCCGGUCACCUAGUGGAGAACUUUGCCAACACCAAAGGAAAGCCCAUGAAUCCGUCGUUUGCCCUCACACUCGCCGUCUCGAACGUGAUCUGCGCUGUUGUCUUUGGGCAUCGCUUCUCCAAUGAUGACAAAACCUUCCACCACCUUCUGGAAGCCAUGGAAUGUAUAUUCAAGUUUGGAGGCAGCCUCUGUCAUCAUGUCUACGAUGUCUUUCCUUGGCUGAUGCGCCAUUUGCCAGGACCUCACAAGAAGGCUUUGUCCUGCUGUGAGGAGGUGUCUUCCUUCAUACGGAAGGAGAUCAGCAGCCAUCAGGACAGAGGAGCUUUGGACGAGCCGCAAGACUUCAUUAAUUGUUACCUGGCUCAAAUCGAGAAGAGCAAGGGCCAGCCAAAACCAGCCUAUGAUGAAAGCAACAUGAUCCAGUGCAUCUUUGACCUGUUCUUGGGUGGUACCGAGACAUCCAGCACCACGCUCUACUGGGCACUUCUCUAUAUGGUGGCUUAUCCUGAUGUCCAAGCCAAAGUCCAGAAGGAGAUAGAUGCCACAGUGGCUCCCUGCCAAAGGAUCUGCUAUGAGGAUCGCAAGAACUUGCCCUACACGAAUGCUGUGAUUCACGAGGCCCAGCGCUUCAGCAACAUUAUCUCAAUCGGGGUACCCCGGUUAUGCGUGAAAGACACAAUGAUUCGACAGUUUCCCAUCAAAAGGGGCACCAUCAUUUUUCCAAGCAUUGCUUCUGCCUUGAAAGAUCCUAAUGAAUGGGAGACACCCGGAGAGUUCAACCCCAGCCACUUCCUUGACAAAGAUGGGAACUUCACAUGCCCAGAAGCCUUCAUUCCAUUUUCUAUAGGACAUCGGAUGUGUCUGGGAGAUCAUUUGGCCAGGACGGAGCUCUUUAUUUUCUUCUCCAACCUCCUGAAGGCCUUCACCUUCCAUUUACCAGAAGGAGUGAAAGACGUAAACCUGGAACCCAUCUUGGGGGGUACGAUGCAGCCUCACUAUUUUGAGAUCUGCGCUGUACCUCGCUAA